UUUGGGGCAAUACGUUUCGUAUUAUCGAGUAUUUUCGAUCGUCUUGUUAUAUAACAUAUGAAAAUACAGUAUCUAGAUUAUUUCUACAUAUGAGCCGGUGAGAAUGAAAGUGGCAUAAGUCAUAAAAUUUUAAAAAUUGAGUUAAGUCCGUAUUUACAAUCCUUAGGUAUAGGUUUAUUUAGAAUGAAAUGCGCUUUAGUCAAUUUGUGUCGAAAUUCACCUCUAGGAGCAACACGAAUAUUCAUUUUGUUACAAUACUUGACAUUUGUUGAGAAUGACAACGACAUAAGUCAAACAUUGUUACGCAAAUAUUAUGUUAAUUAUUACUCACAACAAUUUUCAGUGAUAUUUCUACAAUUAUUGACAGAUGCCUAACAACGGUGUUAAUACUUUUCUUUCAUUAAGGAUUGUACCCUAUUCGUCUAGUUCGGAAGACGAAGAGGAAACGACAAAAAUGGAACAUUCUAAUAAAACUAAAAGUAGGAAAAGAAUUCGAAAUCCUUCCCUACACAAACAAAACAUUGCGAAGCAAGCACGAAAUUUUGGGCAACGAUACGUUACAAAGAUGGGUAAAAUUAUUGAGAAAAAAACAUUUCAAGAUGCUCUCUGUUCCUGCAAAAGGAACUGUAAUGACAAAAUCACGCCAGUAGAGCGAAAGUCGUUGUUUGAAGCUUUUUGGAAAAUGGGAAAUUUCAAAAGACAAAAUACAUUUUUAUGUGGAAGGAGCCAUUAUGAGGAGUGCUUCAUUUCAAUAUAAUUUAAAACCAAACAAUAAUUUAUCAGUUGUGGUUUGCAAGAAAUAUUUUCUUGGCACGUUUAACGUGUCUGAGGGAAGAGUUUCCCGAGCUUUAAGAAAAACACUCGAUGGUCAGACUCCAGGAGAUGACCUAAGAGGCUUAAAAGGCUGUCCUAAACGGAAAAUAUCAGAAGACGAUAAAACUUACGUUAUGCAGCAUAUCCAGUCAUUUCCUUCAUACGAGAGUCAUUACACAAGGAAACACAACCCAAACAAAAAAUAUUUAUGCCAAUCAUUGAGCCUGCGAAAAAUGUAUGCGCUGUACGCCGAAAAAUGCUAUGAAAACCAGAGGCAGCCAGUCAAGGAACAUUUUUAUCGGUAUAUCUUCAAUACGAAAUUCAACUUACACUUCUAUAGCCCGAAAAAGGAUACAUGUAAAAGGUGUGAUAUUUACAAAAUUAAAAUAUCUAACCCAGAUUUGAAUCAAGAAGAUAAGACGGUACUCGAUAGAGAUCAUGAAUUUCAUCUGAAGAAAGCUGAGUUAGCUAGAAGUUGUAUGAAAGAUGACGCUGAAAUUGUUAAAAUCAAUCAAGAAUGUUAUGCUUGUAGUAUAGAUUUGCAAAAAUCCUUACCAUUCCCAGUUUUAACGGUUUCUGAUGCUUAUUACAAAAGAAAUCUUUACUGCUACAAUUUUGGGGUUCAUGAUUUUGCAAAGGAUUCCGGGUUUUUCUACGUAUGGAAUGAGACAGUUGCCGGAAGAGGCUCACAAGAAAUAUCGUCAUGCCUAUUAAAGCACUUAAAAGUUUAUGCUAACAAUAAAAAGAAAGUCACUGUUUACAGCGAUACAUGCGGAGGACAAAAUCGAAACAUUAAUAUGUGUUUGGCAUUAAUGAGAUUUAUUCAAAGUGAUGAAACUAACAUCGAGGUCAUAGACCAGAAGUUUUUGGUACCGGGCCAUUCGUUUUUGCCUAACGAUUCUGAUUUUGGCAGUGUAGAACUUGCAGCAAAAGGAAAAGUCAUCUACGUUCCAGAAAACUGGUAUGAAAUUAUGACAAAUUGUAGAAAUAAAAAAAAAUUUAUAAUAAGUACAAUGAAUAAAAAUGAUUUUUUUUCUACUGAAAAUUUAAAGAGGAAUGUUAGUAACAGAAAAAUCAAUAUUGAAAAUAAACGUAUAAACUGGUUGAAAAUCCAGUGGAUUAGAAUACAGAAAGGGAGUCCUUAUAAAAUAAUGUAUAAGGAAACAUUAGAGGACAUGAUAGAGUUUGAUGUCCUAAACAUAAAGCCAACUGGCAGAAAGGGAAGGCCUAUUUCUUUAAAGAACGUACCGUACGUUAAACUUUAUACUAACAUAAGACCUAUAGGGAAGUUAAAAAAACAGGAUAUGAUGGCUUUGUUGCCGUUUAUUCCUCCGGUGCAUCACAAUUUUUUUUUAAAUCUAUGUACAGCUCUGUCCAGAUUUAAUGCGAAUCGUCCGCUGUUAGCUCCGACAUAACGCUGGUACUGGAAGAAGACGGAGACAUCUUUUGUUUCUAUUCAAUUCGAUUUCUGAGCCUAAAGGAAGUUACCCUCUUCCUUAACCCAGGUAAAACCGUUCCAGUUUGAAGUGGGCCGAAGAAUGGAUCACCCUUUUUUUAAAUGUGUUAAUUUUAUUUUAUUUUAAAUCUUUUUUGAUAUU